AUGUCAAAAGUGAAAGCGCGGGAGCUCCGAGGAAAGAAGAAGGAAGAAUUACAGAAAGCACUGUCUGAACAAAAAAUAGAACUUGCUUCAUUGCAGGUUUCUAGAGUGACUGGCGGAACUCUACCCAAGUUGUUGAAAAUUCGUACUGUCAGGAAAAACAUUGCUCGCAUACUCACAGUUAUGAAUCAGACUCAAAAACAGGAACUUCGGAAACUUUAUAAGGGAAAACGGUUUAAACCUCUCGACUUGCGCCAUAAGAAGACGAGGGCGAUGCGUCGAGCUUUGACGAAACAUGAAAUGUCGCUAAAAUCUCCAAAGCAAUUAGCGAAACUUCGUAAAUUUCCAAUGAGGAAAUACGCUGUGAGGGCAUGA